CCAACGCUGUCCUAUACCCGCCUGGAAAGCACGUUGUUUGGCUGGAUAAUCUCUUUACCAGCGUGAAGCUAUUCGAACGGCUCCGUGAGCUUGGAAUUGGGGCUGCCGGAACAGCUCGAACAACCAAGACAAGACGGGAGGAAAUGGGCGAGGAGGAACACAAUAUUGAGGUAGUUGAGGGCCCAUAAGCAGUACACAAUCACAGACAAAGGCUAAGAAGAAGGUGGCUGCGGAGAGCGUCUUAGCACAUCUUGUAGACCUUAAGUUAAGCCAUAAUAGCCAAAUUCCGUGGGGUACGCUAUAUGCAGAGUUAUCAGAGAGUUAUGAGGUGAUAGAGUUCGCCUGGAAGGACGCCACCAUGGUGUUAUUCCUAUCUACAGUCUAUAAUGGUCAAAACUACGUUGCGAAGCUUCGACAACGGCCGGUUACAACUGCUAAGGGCUAUAAACAGACCGUCCAGGUGUUUGGCAACAAGCCCAGGGCUAUGCUAGAUAUUCCGGAGUUUAUCGAGGAGUAUAAUCUAUGGAUGUGCGGCGUCGACAUUGCGGACCAGCUACGCAGCUAUUACAAUACAAAUCGUGUCCAUAGAAAGACGUGGAAGCCAUUAUUCUCUUUUCUAUUGGAUACAGUAGUGGGCAACAGCUAUAUGCUCUCUUCGUACAAGCAGCCGCCCGGCGAGCGAGCCCUCCGACAAGAUUCUCACCUACAAUUCUGUCGAGACCUCCGAGACGCCCUCCUCCAUGCCUCUAUUCGCCCACGCCAGCCAAAGACCUCACAAAAAAGAAAGACAAUGAUGGAGGUGACGUGGCUGCCGGUCAAGGAGCAUCAGCACGUCAAACUAUGGAGGAAACAGGCCUUCUGCUCGGCAUGCGCACGUGCUCGGCGCACAACCUCAACACCACACCGGGCAGCUCGUAAGCCGCUUGCAGACCUCUCAGAAAACACUACAAGGAAGGCACGGAGUGAUAGUAACGGCUGGAAGCGGCCGUAUAGGACGCCUAGGACUUUAUAUGGGUGUUCUGUGUGCAGGAUUCCUCUCUGCACUCGGAAGGAGUGCUGGGCCGAGCAUCUCGCAAUCCUCAACUCCAAGGACUAGGCGUGUAGAUAGCUAUAUACAUAGAAAUCACGA